CUUUUCUGAAACUAAAACCAAAGUACUCGAACUACUUGAUAGAAAAUAAAUAGAAAAACAAAGUUGUGUCAGUGCUCCUAAAAAAAGAAAAGAAAAAAGAAAACAAGUUGUUUCGUAGAUUUCUGGUUUUUCUAGAAAAGUAAGAUUGUAGAUCAUUGUCCUCUCCACUAUAAAUAACCACACCGUCUUUCCUCUUCUGCUCAUUCACUCAGUUUCCACCUUCUAAUUCUUCCAAAUAAUAUUUCAUAUAUAGCAAUGGCUACUACUUUGUUCUUCUUGAUUUUGGCAGUACUAGUACUAGUGUUAUCAAUUCUCUUCUUUCUUUCUAGAAUUAAACCUUAUUGUGAGUGUGAGAUUUGUAAAGGGUACUUGAAUUCUAGCUGGUCUUUAGAAUUCAAGAAUCUUUGUGAUUGGUACUGUCAUCUACUGAAAAAGUCACCAAGUGGUACAAUACAUGUACACGUUCUUGGAAAUGUAAUCACAGCAAAUCCAAAAAACGUUGAGUACAUGCUCAAAACAAAAUUCGAUAAUUUCCCUAAAGGGAAACAAUUUUCCACAAUCCUCGGCGAUUUAUUAGGCCGAGGAAUUUUCGCCGUAGACGGUGAAAUGUGGAAAUUUCAGCGUAAAAUGGCGAGUUUAGAACUCGGAAGCGUAUCGAUACGUUCGUUCGCUUUCGAGAUCGUUGGUGACGAAAUUAGAAACAGGUUGAUUCCGCUUUUGGAAAGUAACGUCCAAAACGGCGACGUUUUUGAUUUGCAAGACGUUUUACGGAGAUUUUCGUUUGAUAGUAUAUGUAAAUUUUCAUUUGGUAUGGAUCCUGGUUGUUUGAAAUUAUCACUGCCUGUUUCAGAUCUUCAAGUUGCGUUUGAUUUAGCUUCGAAAUUGUCUGCUGAAAGAGCUAUGACAGUUUCCCCUUUGGUAUGGAAAAUUAAAAGGGCUUUGAAUAUUGGAUCAGAAAAGAAGCUAAAGGAAGCAAUUAGAAUGGUUGAUAUUCUUGCUGAAGAGGUAAUUAUUCAUAAAAGAAAAAAUGAUUUUUCUUCCCAAAAUGACCUUUUGUCUAGGUUCAUGAGGAACAUUGAUGAUGACAAACUACUUAGGGACAUUGUGGUCAGUUUUCUUCUAGCUGGAAGAGACACUGUUGCGUCAGCUUUGACUACUUUCUUUUGGCUAUUAAGCCAACACCCACAAGUCAUAGAUGAAAUUCGACUUGAGUCGAGUCGAGUCAUGGGAGGAACAGAAAAGGCGACUCUUGCUACUUUUGAGGAGAUUCGGGAAAUGCACUAUCUGACCGCGGCUAUACAUGAGAGCAUUAGGCUAUUUCCACCGGUUCAAUUUGAUUCGAAGUUUUGCCUUGAAGAUGAUAUUCUCCCUGAUGGUACGUUCGUGGCUAAAGGGACCAGGGUGACUUAUCAUCCAUACGCGAUGGGGAGAAUGGAGGGUAUUUGGGGUCAAAAUUGUCUUGAAUUCAAGCCAGAAAGAUGGUUGGAAGACGGGGUUUUCAAGCCACAAUGUCCUUUUAAGUAUCCGGUUUUUCAAGGUGGGGUUAGGGUUUGUUUAGGCAAAGAUUUGGCUAUUGCGGAGAUGAAGACUCUUGCUUUGGCUAUGAUUAGACAAUUUGAUUUUCAAGUUGUGUCAAAAGAUCAGACACCAAAGUUCAUGCCAGGCUUGACAGCCACAUUGAGAGGCGGACUUCCCAUCAUGGUUCAAGAAAGACGAUAACAAUAGCCUCAGUCACAGAUUCUGACAAAUUCAGGAUUUAGAGUCAAGUCAGUCGAUUCUACCGUCAAUAGUGAAAUUCGGUAGAAUUUGAUAGCUUUUGUAACUAAUUAUUAGUUCAGACUUCAUCUAUAGUUAGCGUUUUAGGCUUAGCGAGCUGAACUAUGUAUGUAAAGUGUAAACCUAGACUAACGUCGAAAGGGUAUCUAAUAACAAAGACGCACCAUCCGUUUUAUUUUA